CAAAACGCGGCAGAAGCGAUCCUGGAGGCGGCGGUCUUGCUUCUCUCAUAGUUCCAGCGCAGGGAGCGGGUUGAGAGGUUGGCGGGUUCGGCUGCGCCCCACCUGAAGCCCUUGGCGACUUCGUAUCAGAGGGUUUUUUCUCUCGGACAGAUCUGAAACUCUUCGACCAUGUUUGUUCUUGGACUCCUGUUGCUUCUUGUUUUGCACAGCGAAGCCUUCAGCACCAGUUUUCCUGAUGAAACCAUUGCAGAUUUUUCUGUGAAUGUUUACAAUCAGCUGCGAGCUACAGGAGAAGAUGAAAAUAUUAUUUUCUCCCCGCUGGGAAUAGCAAUAACGAUGGGGAUGGUGGAGCUCGGUGCUCACGGUUCCACACUGAAAGAAAUUCAGCACUCCAUGGGCUAUGAAGGUUUGAAAAAUGGUGAAGAAUUUGCCUUCCUGAAAGAUCUUUCUGACAUGGCUGUUACCGAGGAUAGCCAUUACGUGAUGAAGCUUGCCAAUUCCCUUUAUGUGCAGAAUGGAUAUCACAUUAGUGAUAAAUUUUUGCAGCUGCUGAAAAAGUACUUUAAAGCGGAAGUCGAAGUUGUGGAUUUUAGUCAAAAUAUAGCUGUUGCGAGCUACAUCAAUAAAUGGGUGGAGAACCGUACCAACAAUAUGAUCAAAGAUUUUGUCUCGGCAAGGGAUUUCAGUACUCUCACUCAGUUGGCUAUUGUCAAUGCAAUCUACUUUAAGGGAAAUUGGAAGUCUCAGUUCAGACCAGAGAACACAAGAACCUUCUCCUUUACGAAGGAUGAUGAAAGCGAAGUACAAAUUCCCAUGAUGUAUCAGCAAGGAGAAUUUUAUUACGGGGAAUUCAGUGAUGGAUCCAAUGAAGCAGGAGGCAUCUAUCAAGUCUUGGAAAUACCCUACGAGGGAGAUGAGUUCAGCAUGAUGAUCGUUCUCUCCAGGCAGGAAGUACCACUAGCCACCCUGGAGCCUUUGGUCAAAGCCCAGCUGAUCGAGGAAUGGGCAACCUCUGUGAAGAAACAAAAGGUUGAGGUGUAUCUGCCAAGGUUCACAAUAGAACAGGAAAUUGAUCUGAAGGAUGCUUUGAAAGGGGUUGGAAUUACAGAAGUAUUCAGCCAAAGUGCUGAUUUCACUGCAAUGUCUGACAACAAAGAGCUUUACCUGUCAAAAGCUGUUCACAAAUCUAUCCUUGAAGUUAAUGAAGAAGGUUCGGAAGCUGCUGCUGCUUCAGGAAUGAUUGCAAUUAGUAGAAUGGCUGUGCUGUACCCCCAAAUUAUAGUGGACCAUCCAUUCUUAUUUCUGGUCCGGAACAGAAUAAAAGGUACCAUCAUUUUCAUGGGGAGAGUAAUGCACCCAGAAGCGAUGAAUCCGAGUGUGCAUGAUUUCGAAGAACUUUAAUAUCUUCACAGGUUUAACCACAUUCUCACAAAAGAAAACAAGCACACUGAGUUUGCAAUUGAUGUAUUUAAGGUUUUCCAUGUGGUGGUUUACUUUUUUUUUUUAGUUCUCUCUUUUUGGCAAUGUUACCUUUGAGAUACUAUUUAAAAAGACAAACCGUUUCCAGGUCUAACUUCAGCUAUGAAAUUGCAGACCACAGUUGUGGAAGGGAAGCUUUCUGUAUUAAAAUAUAUGUUGUUGUCUCUGUGAUUUAUUGUGUUGGUCCUUUAAAAUAAAAAUUUAAAAAUAUC